UGGAACACUGGUCUCAGGGAAGGAGGGAGGUGUCCGGGCUCGCAGGCUCCGGUGGGCCUCGCGGUGAGCUGGGCCCCGACUCGCCCCGCGUGGGGAACGCGAGCCUCAGCCGGGCCCCGGGGCGACCCGCGGAGCUGCUGGUCUAGUCAUGGCAGACUACUGGAAGUCACAACCAAAGAAAUUCUGUGAUUACUGCAAGUGCUGGAUAGCGGACAAUAGGCCUAGCAUUGAAUUUCAUGAAAGAGGAAAGAAUCAUAAGGAAAAUGUGGCAAAGAGGAUCAGUGAGAUUAAACAGAAAAGCCUGGAUAAGGCAAAGGAAGAAGAAAAGGCAUCAAAGGAGUUUGCUGCAAUGGAGGCAGCUGCCCUGAAAGCAUACCAAGAGGAUUUGAAAAGGCUUGGCUUAGAGUCAGAAAUUUCAGAGCCAAGCAUAUCACCAGUAACCAGCACUAUCCCACCCACCUCUGCAUCAAAUAAGCAGAAAGAAAAGAAGAAAAAGAAAAAAGACCCUUCAAAGGGCAGAUGGGUAGAAGGCAUAACCUCUGAGGGUUACCAUUACUAUUAUGAUCUUAUCACAGGCGCAUCUCAGUGGGAGAAACCUGAAGGAUUUCAAGGAAACCUAAAAAAGACAGCAGGGAAGACUGUUUGGGUAGAAGGUUUAAGUGAAGAUGGUUAUACCUAUUAUUAUAAUACAGAAACAGGGGAAUCCAGAUGGGAAAAACCUGAUGAUUUCAUUCCACACUCUGGCGAUCUGCUUUCUAGUAAAGUCAAUGAAAAGUCACUCAGCACCCUAGAAGAGUCCAAAUCAUCAGAUUCACAUAGUGAUUCUGAUGGGGAACAGGAAGCAGAAAAGGGGGAGAAAAAAAGAGAGGUCUCUACAGAAACCCAAAAGCUACAAAUAAAGUUUAAGGAAAAAAAUAAAAAUAGCAAUAAAGGAACUGAACCAGAAACACAGAAAGAAAAAAAUACCCAGGGGAAAAAUCCAUCAGGUCCAAAUGAAGAAAAACCCAAAGCUCAUAAAAAAUCAAACCCAUAUGGAGAAUGGCAAGAAAUUAAACAAGAAAUUGAGUCCCAGGAGGAGGUAGAUUUGGAACUUCCAAGCGCUGAAAAUGAAUAUGGAUCAACUUCAGAGGCUGAUGCUGGUGGGGAACCCAAAGUGGUUUUUAAAGAAAAAACAGUCACUUCUCUUGGAGUCAUGGCAGAUGGAGUGGCCCCAGUCUUCAAAAAGAGAAGAAUGGAAAAUGGAAAAUCUAGAAAUUUAAGGCAACGAGGUGAUGAUCAAUAAUUGUAGAAAAGCUUUUUGUGCAGGCUUUUUGGACAGAAUGGAGAUUAUACAUCCUAAAAGCGCCUCUGUUUGUUUUACAGUACUUAAAUGCUAAAAAUUUAGACUUAUUCUAAAUGUAUUUUAUGUGAAUUUAAAAUAAAUCUUUUUUCAUGUGAAA